AUGCCUCCGAUUAAUUUAAAAAACGUGGCUGUCCCAAACAUACCAAUAGUGGGAGCACUCUUCGGUCCACUCGUAAAAAAGUUUGUCGAGGAAGCAACAGCGAAAAUUGUUACCAAAGUCCUCGAAAAAGUAGACCUGAUGCCUUUUUUACCAGCACGCUUACUUCCGGAACGCAAUCCAGACACAAUGCCACUUCUCAGCACUGCAGAAAGCCCUCGCCUCCAGCAGCUGAUGCGACGAUCACGCAGCGUCGGGUCUGAACCGCUACAUUCUGAAUCCGAGUUCAAAGCCGACACGACAAAUGCCCCAGACGCAAACGCCUCAGGAUCAAAGAAAGGGGAUAGACACACCCAGCCGUACGGCACGACUCCAAUUACGUUGCGUGGAAACUUCGCCCAUGGGCGCGUCAACAUCAUGCCCCAAAGUAUUAUGGGAGGAUAUGAGCAUGCUGUGCUAAAUCAGGGCGACUCGUCAUCAUGCAGCAUCCUAAAUACCCUCUUUUCCAUCCUUCUUGGAUAUGCGCUUGCCUUCCUCCUGUUCGAGCUACGGGAAGCACGAAGUUCCUCCUAAAGCACUACGGAAGAUACUGGUACGCAUGGGUACCUACUUAUGGAGGGAUCAGGGAGGAGAUACACAGUUGUUACGAAUGUGUUGAUCUUGCAGUUGCGUUUUCCGCGUUGAUGUUAAUAGGCUACAUGAUCAUGUGUCUCUGAACCAAGUUAUGAAAAAUUAAGCCAGG